AUGGAUGUCUUAAAAUUCAAUUCAAGACCAAAUGAAUCAGAUAGGUGUAACAGCAGCUCGCCGGUGACUAAAAUUUCGGAGCGCAGCUUUAUAAACCAAAUAGAAAAAAUCUAUAAGUCGCCUAAUGAUUCGUGUGACUCUAAUAUCAAGACUGUGCCUUCAGAUCAUUAUUUGGAGAGGAGAUUCAAGCCUUAUCAUAGGGCUUCUCGACAAGUGAAUUCAGUAAUUAAAACUUUUAAUAGAAGGAGAAGUCCUUAUUUUGACCAAGCCAAAGAAGAUUUAAACACUUUUUUGCAAAAAUUGCCGUCGAACGAUCAAUUUGCGAAAUCCCCUAUUCCACCGAAAAUUAAUGAGGAUAAAAAAAUCCAGUCACAACGGUCUUUGAGGUCAGAAAACCAACGUAGCAGAGAAAAUUCGUUGAGAGAAAUAAGCCCGAAAAUGCGGCGGUUUUUAAUAUCGCAAAGUCUUAGCAAUAAUUCAGCUAAGGUGUAUCAAGAUUCCUUACAAGAGUAUAAGCUUGUAGAGUCAAUAUCAAGUAUUCAUAGUAAAGGGCCGAUUUCUAAGUUUAAGCUUAGAAAUCACCAAAGAUAUCGAUCAUUAGAAUUUGGGCUAAAUAUAAGCAAAAUUUCAGAUAAUUCGUUAGAAAAGUUCCCUGUAAUCCACUCACAUGAGCAAUCUAACUCAGCCUCCCCGAACAAAAAAAAGCCCAAGCAGCUGCUGGUUCAUCUAGGAGUGAGCAUGUCAGAAAACUAA